AUGGCCAAGGUUGUUGAGAUCUUGAUAGAAAACGCAAAUAUCAUUUUCCCUGUAACGAACUCCCUGCACUCUCCAAGCCCGGAGCUUGACCUCCGAUCCAUCGGAGGCAUUACUCCAGGUACUCCAGGAACUCCGGCCUCCGAAACAAGCGGAUCCUCGCCUCGCUUCCAGGGACACAGAUCAGGAUCAUCCAGCGUCCUCGGGGCCUCGUCUAGAAGUUUAUCCUCGAAACCAGACUCUACCCAGAACAGUCCAGCCUUGAAUACCAAGUUUGGAGUCCAGGGUCCAGGGAGCAGUACUCUUCCAAGGGUCGGAGUAGACAACCUGGAGAAACGAUCCGAGGAGAGGGAUUCUACAGAUCCUGUUACUCCGGGUACACCCUCAAAUAGAUGCAAACGAACACAUUCAUUUAGUUCAUUUAGUGAACUCUCCGUGAGUUCUCUACCUGAGUUACCCGGCUUCCAGACUGCACGGCACGCUAGCCUAACUGCAGAAAGGCUGGAUGGUGUAGUGGAGGGGGAGGAGGAUAAUCUAGGAUCUGACCGACCCAGGUCUAAAUCCUAUCAGCACGGGAUCAAGGUCGGAUCAGCUGGUCAGGCUCCCCUGUCUCCUGUAUCAAGAAGUCAGGCUGAUUUAUCAGCCUCAUUACAGAUGCUGGACUUUCUAUCAGCUGAUCUUCCAACCUCGUCCUCACCACUCAGAAGAUCUAGUACAUUAGCUCCCUCCAGAAUUCGUCGGACCCCAAACCGAGAAAUAACCAAGAAGCCUCCAUUACCCAAACUUAUAUCUGUUACUUCUCCUUCUUCUUCACAUCCAAUCUUUCCCAGUUUGGGACCCCUUUAUGUAGAGGAGAAGUCAGCUGAUCGUCAUUCAGACCCUUCUGUUCGUCCUUCCGACCCUGCUGUUCGUCCAUCAAACACGCUUGUUCGUCCUUCAGAUCCGCCUAUUCGUCCUAUUGACCUCCCGGGCAAACUGACCCAUUGUACUAGCUUGGGUCUUACCAGGCGAGGAUCAGAGACCAGUUUACAGAUCCUUGAAUACAAAUCAAAUAUAGAAAAUCAGCGACGAAACAAUUCUGCGGAUUCAGGAGUGAUGGUGUCCCCUCACACAUCUGGAGGAAGAGGAGGAGGUCUUCAACAAAACUUCUCUCGUCAAUUUCCCCCAGGGACUGAUAAUAUCAGAUAUCUUUCUCCGAACGGAGAAAACUUCCGCCAUCUUCCAUCCGAACCUGAUCAAAACCAGAGCACUUCUCCCGAAGCUGAGCCAGGUUUUCCUGGAGUUGACCCAACCCGCCACACUUCCCCUGGAGUUGACCCAACCCGCCACACUUCUCCUGCGGUUGAUUCAACCCGCCACACUGCCCCUGGAGUAGACGCAACCCGUCACACUUCUUCUGGAGUCGACCCAACCCGCCACACUUACCCUGGAGUAGACCCAACCCGUCACACUUCUUCUGGAGUCGAUCCAACCCGCUACACUUCCCCUGGAGUUGACUCAACCCGUCACACUUCUGCUGGAGUAGACCCAACCCGCCACACUUCCCCUGGAGUAGACCCAACCCGUCACACUUCUGCUGGAGUAGACCCGACCCGCCACACUUCCCCUGGAGUUGACUCAACCCGUCAGCCAUCUCCCGGCCAGGCUCGGGGUGGAACAGUAUCUCCGAUGUCCCGGACUCCGUCAGAUUCUCGUGGUGCAGGGUGGGGGCGGGGAUCAAGAGUAUCUCCAGCAGAUGAUUUAUCAAACAAUACCAGUCUCAGUCUCAGUGAUUGUUCUGAGGAGAGUACAUCUCGUUACGAAAAUCUAUCAACUAAUGAAGAACAAGGGAGGAGGAGGGAAGAAAAAGAAUGGACAGUAAACCCCAGAAAUGGUCACACUAAUAACAAUAGAUGGGAGAAAUCAAUGAAUACAACUCAUACAACACAAGAUAAUCAAUGUAUGGAGGACCGGCCAGCAAAUGACCGGCUGCAGCAAGGUCAACGACAUGACCGACCCGUAUACAACCGGUCAUAUCGAGACAGUGGGCCUUAUGAGAAUGUUAACAGAGAGGUUAAUGACAUUGAAAGAGAUAUAAAUGAGCUGGAAAAUCUUGUCCGACCCAACCAAUCACGGACCUUGAACAGGUCACGUGACAAAUGUUCUGACCAAUCACAGUGCACAGAUUUGUCCGAGGAUACGACCUCUGAUUGGAUAUCAGAUCCUCCUGAUCUACUCUGUGGUUCAGGUUUGCAUACGUUAAAAAACCUGCUAAACUCAAGUCAGGCUUCUAACGUGUAAAGAUGUGAUCAUCAAUCAUCAUGUAACUUGACCUCCUCUAGAUGUAGUUUAGUCUAUGUACAUUGUACAAUUCUGUACAAAGACUAAUGAAAUAUCAUACAAAAAAGCCUGAAAUUUCAGAAGAAUAUCGUUUAACAUAUAUUUGUGUAGCAUUCAAACAUAAAAAUAGAAUAUAAAAGUAUGUAUUGUUUUUAUUUCCAAUCAUAGUCGUACUGCACAGAAACGUGCUUGUAAAGAAAGCUGUUUAUUAAAUUCCCGGCUUUAAAUUGAUAUUCAAAGAAUUAUAUUUAUCAGAUUGCUGGUCAAUUAUAAUUAUUCUGGAGGAUUUGCCCUUGAAAAAAUUUGUUAAUUUCCUGAAAUCUUUUAUGGGGUAAUGUUAACCUAAGUAUUCCACAAGCUGAGACUUUUCAUUUUAUGAGAUUAGCUAAUUUUACUUAUAUGCAUCAGAUGACAACAAUUUACUGAUCUCUCAUUGGUCGAAUUUAGAUAUCUCUGAACUUUGACCAAUAAGAGUUGAUUAACUGCGUUUAACUACAGGGUGUCCCAAAAACAUGGGAAUUAAGUGACGAAUUGGAUAUCGUCUUUGUUAUGAAUUAGCAUUCUAA